GAAGCUGGACGCUUAACUGACUGAGCCACUCAGGUGCCCCUGCUCUCUUUUCACAAAGGCACAGAAGCUAAACUUUAUCUAAGUGACUCAAUGAGAAACAAGUGAUAUGUAUCCGUCAGCUGAUUAAUUCUGCAGAGUCUGAAGGAAUCUCUGUGUGAUUAUAAAGUCUUGCCUUUCUUUUACACUGUACAUACACGGGAAUUAUAAAUAAAUGAACCAAAGGAAUCUGAGAAGGGCAACCCUCCAAUUAUUGUUUAGACAGAGACCGCCCAAAUAAACAUGCUAUUUCCCUUCUGCCUGAGUAAUUUGGCAUUCAGAGUCCAAGUUCCCAAGAGAGGGGCUGGGCCUCUCCAGGCAGGAACUGGAGUCAGAGGCUUCCCCCACUACUCUCUGGGAGAGAAGAACAUCAGGAAUGACUUUCCCUGCCGUAGUUUCUGCACUGCUCACAGAAGCCACGCAGCUUGGGUGCAAUCAAGCUGCUGCCGAGCCUCACCCCUGCGGGAACCCAGAUGCAGGCCAAGUACAGCAGCACCAGGGACACGCUGGAUGAUGAUGGGGACACCAUCGUGAGUGUGCAUUCUCGAACCUCUUCUCCAGUCCAGUGGCGGGAGCCUGGGCACAAAGAGCACCGGCCUCCCUCUUCAGUUUGGCGUCCAGUGGCCCUGACCCUGCUGCCUCUGUGUGUGGUGCUGCUCCUUGGCCUAUUGGCCCUGGGGCCUGUGUUUUUUCAGUUCUACCAGCUUUCUAAUACUCAGCAAGACAGCAUUUCUAACCAGGAAGAAAGAUUGGGGAAUCUCUCCCAACAGCUCCAGUCUCUCCAGAAAAAGAACAGGAAGCUUGCAGAAAUUCUGCAACAUGUGGCUGAAAAACUGUGUCGUGAGCUCUAUAACAAAACUGGAGAACACAGAUGCAGCCCUUGUCCAGAAAAAUGGAAAUGGUAUGGGGACAAAUGCUACCGAUUCUGUAGAGAGAGCAAAAAUUGGCAAGGCUGUGAAUAUUUCUGCAUUGCAGAGAAUGCGACGAUGCUGAAGAUAAACACACAAGAAGUGCUGGAGUUUGCCAUGCCUCAGAGCUACUCUGAGUUUUUCUACUCUUAUUGGACAGGGCUAUCCCGCAACGGCAGUGAAAAGGCCUGGCUAUGGACCGAUGGGGCCACUUACUCCUCUGAACUGUUUGAGAUUAUAAUAGAUUUCACCAGCCUAAGAAGCAGGGACUGUGUGACCAUCCUGAACGGAAAGGCUUUCUCAAAGGACUGCAAAGAGUUGAGGCGGUGUGCGUGUGAACAAAGGGCGGCAACAGUGAAGUUAGAGAGCCUUCUUUAGCUUCUCGGAGCCGUUAUGUGAAGGUGAUUGACUCUUCUACCAUAAUUACAAUGUCAAGCUCCCUGCAGGGAAAUCGAAGAUCAGAACAAAAGUCAAUUUCUUUAUAUGAACCUGUAAUCAUUGGUUUUCGUUCCUUUUUACUCCCAUUGGAGCCAUGUGUACACAACAAAUCAGCAAGCCAGGUCAGCAAAGGAUAUUUGAGAGACACUGGAAAAUAGGAAAAAAUAAGGAAAGGCAAUUUUUCUGACAGGUACAAGGAGGACUUUCAUGUUUCCUGUUCAGGAUCACCAGCACUUCUGAGCUUGAGUUCAUACAAUUGCUUACGAGUCACAAAGAAGUCCUAUCUGUGUGCCACCAAUCAGUCCUAGACUCUCAUUAAGUUGUAAUCUACCUUCUUGACUUAGAGAUAGCUUUCUAGUGUUCUUUGUUCUCAGGAUCUAAUACCAUCUCCGUUUCCAUGUCUUCCUUAAUAUUUGGAGAAGUGAGAAACUUACUAAAGUAGAGGAAAUAAAUGUGUGUAACAUUCUUUGCUCCAGAGGUCAAGUAGACCAGGAGAAAUUAGCAAUCAUCUCCUAUACAAUGUUCCUAAAGAUGUGACUAAUUCUUUCUGUUUCGUUUGCUUCAGUCCAUACUUUUUCCUUCCUACUCGCUCAAUAAAGCCCCCACCUGCCAUGUCUGUCACUUGCUUCCCACUGGGAUAAUCCUCUUUAUUAGAAUCUAACUUCUUAUGAACAUACCUCCCCAUAUUUACUUAGGACUCCAACAAUUAUUUCCUUUCCCAGGGAUUUCUUCCAGGAAAGAAAUACUCUCAACUUAGUUUUGUAUCCCAGUUACUGCCCCAUGAUCCUUUCUUCAGAGAGACUGAAGAUCACAGCAAAAGUCAGUCUCUUUGUGUGAGUCUGUUACUGUGUGGUUGCACUUUCUAUUUUCUUCCAUUUAAUCUGUGUUUAUGCCUUUCAGGUACUGGAGAUUUAAUAAUAAUAAAUGUAAAUCAUGUGAAAUGUA